AAGAGCCGACGGUAAGUUUCUGAAGAGGCGUCUUUGGGAAAUAGCAGACAGUGUGACUCGAUCGGCCGCAUUGGGACUCGGCGUGUUGACUGCAGCUCUUUGAAUGGAAAAGGCUCAAUCUGAGAAUCAUUGCUUUUGUCUAACACUGCCUCUGCAUGCUGAAUCCUCCUGGGGCGAAACCCAAAGGGCUUUCAUCCAGCAAAGCACACCCCAGUCUGCCACUAAACUCGGGGGGCCAGAGCAGCAGCGAUAGCCACCCCGAGGAGACAUGGGUUCCCGGAGACCCCUGAGCAGAUCCUACUCUGGAAACGGGAGAUCCGGCAGCCUGAACGGGGAGGAGGCCCUCAUUCAGGGCAGCCGCGGCGAUAGCCGAGGCUACCUGCCUAGUGUCAGGUCGGAGAGCAGCCUCUCCAGUCACAGGGUUUCUCUUUACAGACCUCUGAGGAGUACGCUGUGCAGCGUGAUGGCACAGUUAACAGAGGAGACUCAACCGUCAUUUGAGACCACCUUAAAAUCCAAGGCAGUGUCUGAAACUUGCAAUGUGAAGUUCACAUGUGUGGUUACAGGUCACCCACCGCCUGAGCUCACCUGGUAUAAAGACGACGUGGAGAUGGACCGGUACUGCGGCCUUCCAAAAUAUGAAAUAUUCCACAACGGGAAGACCCAUUCGCUCCAUAUUUACAACUGCACAGAGGAAGACGCCGCCAUUUACCAGGCCUCGGCCCGGAACGCCAAGGGCAUCGUGUCCUGCUCUGGCGUGCUGGAGGUGGGCACCAUGAAUGAGUACCAGAUCCACCAGAGGUUCUUUGCCAAGCUGAAGCAGAAAGCCGAGAGCAAACGGAAGGAGCUGGAAGAUGGGCGGCAGCGUGGCAAGGAGGAUGCUCGUCGCGGAGGAGAGCGACAGCGUGCUGCCGGGCUGGUGACCUCGCAGGCGGCUUCGCAGGCGGCUUCGCAGGCGGCUUCGCAGGCGGCUUCGCAGGCGAUGCAGCAGUCUCCAGGGGAGCUGGUCAGGGAGGACAAGCUGAAGGUGUGGUCACUGGGCAGGCAGACUGAGAAAAGGCUGGACCAUGAAUCCCAAGAAGCCACAGGGCCAGAGGCCCCGACGGAGAUAGCCAAUGGCUUCCCUGCUGAAAAUAACGAAGCUGACAGCACAACCGUGCAAGCGGAUGCUGUGGAAGACAAGAGCAAACAGGCUCUGACAUACACCUAUGAGGGCAUAGAGAACAGCACCACCAAGCAGCUGAGGAAGGACCUGCCAGCCAAGAAGAAGACUAAUGUCUGCAAUGGAAUGGACAGUGGGAACGGGCCCCGCGUGUCCGAGAGCAAGGCCGGCAGCGCGGAGGAAGGGAGCGAGGGAAGAAUGAGCCUGGCACAGUACAUGGCGGAAUCCCUGCGCUCUCAGGCCCUGGAGAGCGAGGCGCAGGACAGGGGGACCGAUGCAUGUGCCAGCAAGUGGCCAGAGACAGAGGUCAAGCACACUGGGACCAGUACUGUGGUGGAGCCCUGGGCCCCCGAGGCUCAGCAAACCCCGGGCUCAAACUUACAGUCACCCCUAACGUCCAUGUUCUUCUCCCUGAGAGACAUUUUCUUCGGAAGCACGAACAAGAAGGAGGGAGAGCGAGGGGGGUCCUUCGGAAAAGCGGACGACCUUGAUGUGAGAAGGGGUGAGAAAAUGGAAGUAGUUGUCCCAUCCCAGCAGGGAGUGGAUGAAAAACCAGAGGAAGCAGCCACAAUAAAGAUUAAUGAAGAAUCACUCUGUGAAAAUGUCAUGGGUGGAAAAAGACAACCUCAAACCGCAGGAUCGGCUCAAGAACCCCAUGAAGAUUCACUGGAACAGGACAGUAUGACCCCUGGAAGUCAUGGCCAGGAAAUUACAGGGAUAAGAGGCUGGGAGUCUCCGCCCGCGGCACCAGAACCCGGAGAAAAGGCGGCAGCUGAUCAGGUGGUGGAAGGAACGUGCAGCAGCCCGGAAAGCACGCCAAAGGGAACGUGCAGCGGCACAGAGAGCACAGCAAAGGCCCUGCCCACAGCGCUGUGUGCUGAAAACCAAGGUGAACCCACUAAACAAGACACAUCCCUCGUCUCACGUGCUCUGGAUGAACACGGGUCACCUGAAGAGCGGACCAAAGCGGACACCCAAUACGCCCAGACGCUGCAGAGCCAGGCCUCCGGUGAUGUGGCUCAGCAUGAAUGUUCUCAGUCUGAGGACUCAAAUGUGGAAAGCACCAGUGUAAUGGAAAAUGCUUCGGAAAGGAUGACCUCACCAACGAUGAGCCAAGGCUCACUGGAAAACACGAGUGAAAUUCAGGAAAGUGUGGGUGACGAGGAAAGUAGUGAGAAGAGCACAACACCAAGCCUCACUGAAGUAGAGAGGGCUGAUGUAAAAGAGGUAGGAAAGACAGAUAGUCAGCAGAAUGAAAUCAAGCCAGCACUAGACCUUCCAUCUGAGGAAGAUCCCAGUACUAUAACAGAGACACACAAACUAAUGUCUCUGGAAUUACCACACCUACAGCUACAGGAAGAUGUUAAAAUGGAUACAGGCAUGACAGAACCUGAAGUGGAACUUAAUGAAUCUGCUGAAACAAGUCUAGAACCUUCCAUUAUAGAUUUUUUCAUACCAGAUGUACAAGACCAAGAGCAUUUAAAGACACCGCAUGUACUGUUACAAGUUAAUGAUGGUGGUGAGCUCUCAUGUGAAAACACAUCUGUCACUAAGCAGUCAUAUUUGGAGCUGCCCCAGGUACAGCCAGACAUAGCCCUGGAGCCACUAAACACUGAAAGUCACCCUGCAGUAAUUCUGAAAAGUCAAAGGGAGGGAGCGACCUCCCCAACACCAAGGGUAGUGGAAGACAUGACACAUAUGAUUAAAGAAUUAAAGACAGAUUCUGGCAGUGCCACAGAGACUCUAAGUGAGGGUACCAGAGAAACAUUCUCCACUAAUGAUCAUGGUGAGCUUGGAGAAACAGAAGGUGCACCUGAAAUAGAAGUGUUUUCUGUGGAUACACCAAUGCAUGAGGAGGUACCAAAGUUGGUGACCGCUUUGGAUACUCCUCUUUUGAUUACACGCACGGGAGAUGAUCGGUGUUCCAAAGCAGAAGCAAAGGACUCAACGUCAUUGAUCAGCCUUCUCCGGGAAGUCAAAAACAGCCUUGACACAGAGGGCAGAAGCAUGUCUCCAUCUUUAGGAAAAAAAGAGAAGACCAGUUCACUUCUGAAGCCAACUGACAAGAACCCAGAUGCAAGGGAACCAAAAGAACUCCGUUCUAGGGCUGUUCUGACUGAAAUGCUCUCACCUGAACAAACAAGUUCUCCAUGUGUGCUUCUGAGUCCACCUGAGGCCCCUCUCAGAAAAAUCCCACUCCUUAGUGUAACUGAAGCAGACAGUGAUGACCAGCCCAAAGGAGGCAGAGCGGACUUUCCUGAUAACGGGCCUCUUCAGAAAGACGAACCUGCAACCAAAACAUCAAGACCCACAAGCCCGUUGCUGCCUCCACUGAGUCCCACAAUGAAGCGUCGAUUUGCUACAAAGGGGGUUUCCUGUUUGGACACUCAGGGGCCAACAGCCAUUCCUGUGAUUCAAAUAGAGGGUGCCAUACCUGCAGGGAGAACGGGAGAGGAGCAGAGCUGUAGGAACACCACAGCAGUUACCGCUACUGGUGAGAGUAGCCCCCAGCUGAGGAGGGCCGGCAGCCUGAGCCUCAUCCCCUCAGCUACCCCAGUGGAGCUGGCUUUGGGGGCGCGCCGCAAAAUCCUCAUACCCAAAGGCAAAGAGGAAGCGGACAACACGACGACAGACAGCCAGGCAAAGAGGGACGGGAUGUCCAGGAGAUGCAGGUCCUCCCUGGAACAGGAAACACCCUACAGUUCACCUGGGCAGACUCGCAGGUCUUCUGUCUCACAGACCCCCCCACCAGAGAGACGAUCCCCCCUAGUCACUCGCAGGAAGGCUGCACUCGAUGUACCACCACAGCUGGAGAAAGCGGGAGAGACUAAUGAUCCAGAGACCAGUAUAAAAUCCACGGAGAAGCAAAAGAGGAAUCCCUUCAAAGCUCCUCAGGUCAUCCGUAAGAUCAGGGGGGAGCCUUUCCCUGACGCAGCGGGACACUUGAAGCUUUGGUGCCAGUUUUUCAACGUGCUCAGCGACUCCACUAUCAAGUGGUACCGAGACGAAACUGAGAUCGCGGAAGUGACCAGAAGGUCAGGAGACGAGACCCAGGUGGCAUUAGCCAUCGUCCAAGCAUCCAGCAGGGACUGUGGGGUGUACAACUGUUCAAUCAAGAACGAGUUUGGGGCAGACUCCACGGACUUCCUGCUCAGUGUAGACAUGCUGUCAGAGUUCUUCCUGCGAGAAGAUCUGGGAAUUGGGGAGGAAGUGGAGAUGACACCGAUGGUCUUCAACAAAGGCCUGGCCGACUCCAGGUCCCGGGGAGACAAGUUCUUUGGACGUAUUGUGAUAGAGGAGGCCCACUUAGGAGAGAGCUGCACUCACAAGGCCUGCAGGGCAAAGGUCAUCUAUGGAUUACAGCCCGUCUUUGAUUCAGGGAGCACCUGCAUCAUCAAAGUACGAAACCCCAUUGCAUAUGGGACAAAGGAGGACAGCAAUCUGACUGAGCGAAACUUAGACAUUACCAAGGAGGACUGCAAGGUGCAGAACAUGGCUCGAGAAUACUGUAAGAUAUUUGCUGCUGAAGCGCGGCUGAUAGAAGGCUUCGGCCCGACACUGGAGAUCAUUCCCCUCUACCUGAUUUACCGGCCUGCUAACUCUGUGCCCUAUGGCACUGUGGAGGCUGACCUGAAGGGUGUGUUUCUCCGGUACUCGCUGAUGGACAGUUCAGGCCGGCUGAUCAUGAGAAACGUGUCCCUGGUGGAGCAGAAGUGUUGUGCUUUCCAGCACUGGAUCCACCAGUGGACCAACGGCAACCUGUUAGCCACUCAUCUGGAAGGAGUGGAUCACAAGAUAACUAACAUUGGAAUAGCAACAAAAACAAAGGGGUAUCAGGGCUUCUCAGAUAUUGCAAAGCCACAGCUGUUCCAGCAGUUUGUCGCUCAGCACCAGUGUAACCAGUACUGUGGUCUCUUGGGCCUACGCUCACUGAAAACCACUGACUCCCUGCAGCCACCAGCCAAGCCCAAGGGCUCCCGGAGUCCCCUGCAGGGACGGAAACUGGGUCCUGGGUCCUCAAGCCCACAGGCAGCCAGAAAAGCUACCUCUAGCCCUAAGGUAGCCAGGAAAACAGAGUCAGGAGAAUCAACAGCAAAACAUAAAACUGUGGAGCCCCCCAAGAUUGUCAGAAUGAGACUACCAAUGAAAACUUUUGAUACUGCACCCAUGGAGAUGACGGAUUAUGGACAGACCAGGACCUGAAGCCUCUAAGAUGUCUGAGGAGCAGAUGUGUUGUAGAUGGAAGAUGAAGGCCAUCUCUGUAGUAGUGCCAUGAUUGGGUGUUUGUACGUUGACAGUAAAUGUUGGUUUAACCCCAGCAAUAAUGAGGUAAAGUGAUGGAUUUUGAACUCAAAAAGGAUCCUUAAAAUCCACUGUGAAAAUUACUCACAAUUCCUCCGCCCGUGAUUCAUCCAUUUGAGUACUGGAGGCCCUGCUAACUGUAGCAGCAUUUUCAAUAUUGCAAGGGACACAGAUUGGGUUCAGUCCGGAGUUCGUGCGGUGAUGGUCCCAGUCACAUGCUGACGAGCGCGGGCAUCCAGUCACCAUGGAUCUUCUGGCCGAUGCUGGCUACAGAAUGUCUGCUGGUAAAAUUCACCUUUCUGUGGCUACUCUGUCUGAUGAAAGUGACGUGUCAUUGUGGCAGUACAUUGUAUGUACCCAAUCUCACGAUAUACCGAUUGCAGCAGGCAGAGGGUACGGCCUACACCCCCCAGGCUGUCAUUUACCAAGCAGAAAGCUGAAACUCAAUAUGUGGAGAAAAAGGACUGAGAUCGAUUUGUGUUUCCUGCAGUGUGGGCAGGUUUGAGGUCACUUCCUGUGGUGUUUUACUGUAAUGACUGGCUGUUUGUGUCAGCCCAGUGGGUUGUCUGUUUCUAGGGUCUGUGUAGCCACAGAUUCUGUGCUUUCUAGGGUGACGCUGUUUCGUGUGCAUUUCUGUGUGCAGGGCUACGUUUUCCGUACCCAUACCACUGCUGUAAUCUGGGAAAUUAGGGUUCUCUUUGUAAAAGAAAAAAUGUUUAUAAAUAACAUCAUAAUGUAAUGCUGGAUAUACAUAGAUAAAUGCAAUAAUCGGAGUAUCAUGUAAGCAAAAUGAUUACCUUUAUAAAAUAUAUUUAUUAUAUAUAUGUAAUAAAAAACC